UAGAUUUUAUUGUGGUAAUAUUGAAAAUGUAGGCACUAUUUUGAAAGUAGUAGUAUUUUUUUGCUUAAGUGUACUAUAUCAUGGUGUAUUUGUUUCUGUCUUUUUGAAAGGAUAGGGAGAGGAGAUCUGUGUAGUAUUUAAUAAUAUUAUUUUUUGUGAUUAUUAGGCGGAUAAAGACACAUUUACCAGGAGCAAAGGAGAAAUGGGAUUUAAAUGAAGAGCCAAAAGCAUCCGAACAAAACAGGGAAAAGAUAGCAGAAUUAGAGCUAGAACAGACAAAGAUAAAAGACAGAUUAAAGGUACUUGAUGAACAAACUGAACUUAUCAAUGAUCAUGUGUUAAGAAUGAAAGGCAUCAAACAACAAGAGAAAGAACUUCAUUCUGAUAUCACUGAAUCAGAUGAUUUAACUAUUUACUGUGCAACGUGCAGUAAACCAAUCGUACUAAAAAAGGCCCUAGUACAUAUGGAGAAAUGCUUCAAUAAAGUAGAGGGUAUGGUAUCUUUUGGUUCAAUAGUCAAGAAUGAAGGUAUUAAUAUUUUCUGUGACAAGUACGACAGCUCCCAGGGAACUUACUGUAAGAGGUUGAAGGUUCUUUGUCCUGAGCACACCAAAGAGCCAAAGGUUGCACCACACGAGAUUUGUGGGUGCCCAUUGGAAUCGGAUUUCCCUGGAAAGAAGAAAGUUUGUUCAGUUUUCUGUCGUUCGUUAAAGGAGAGCUGCUCUGUCCAUUACUGCUGGGAGAGGUUGAGGAAAGCUGAGAUUGACCAGGAGAAGCUAAACCUGUAUUUAAAGCUUGAAGAGCUAGGAGAGCAAAUGAGACUAUUACAAUGGCAGCUAAGCUAUAGGAAAUCACUAAUGGCCAUAUUACUUCAUCACACUGUUGACCAUUCAAAAGACAGGAGCACUUUUACUACUAAUGUUCAAUGAAAAUUUAAUUUAUACUUAGAUACCACGUGGUUGGAGUAUACGGAGUAAAAACGGAAACAAAAAUUAAUAGGCGGGGCUGUUGAGAGAGAAAAAGUUAAAGAACUGAAAUCUGUACUGUAAUCUGUUUGCAAAGAGAGUUGUAGCUCGGCUAGUAGGCACAAUGAGUCAUCCAGUAGCUA